AAGAUGGUGUUCCAGCCAGUACUGCCAAUGCAACCGUUUAUGUGUCAACUCCAGAAUCUGUAACAGAAGCUGCGAACGCAUCAACUCUGCAAGCAACGACGUCGCAAGCAUCAACGCUGACAACACCUACAAUCAGAGCUACAAAUGAAUCCAUCACAAGCAGCACCACACCUUCUUCAACUAAUGCUACGCAACGAAUAACAGAAGGAACUACAACACAACCACCAGUAAAAGCGACCACUACAGCAGCAAAUAAAAGUGACAGCACAACAAACGCUACACAAGCAAGUGGAACACAGUUGGCACAAAAUGAGACUUUGGAGGCUUCUUCUACUAAGGGAUGGUGGUCUUCUUCUACAGUCUCUCUACAAAAAAACACUUCUGUUCCUGGAACCUCAGGCUCUCACGUGAGCUCCCUGACAGAAUCGACAAAUUUUGGCAGUUUUGGAAACAAGAAGGAGCUAGAGAGUGCUAUCCACUAUUCUAGCGUUAUCUUGCCGAUUGUCAUCACCUUGAUAGUCAUUACCCUUUCUGUCUUCUCACUGGUGGCUUUGUACAGAAUGUGCCAGAAGAAAACUCCAGAGAGACAAGAGAACAGCACUGAACAGGCCCAAUCAGAUAAAGAAGGAGUGAAACUUCUUUCUGUGAAGACAACUUCUCCUGAGACUGGUAGAAAACCUUGA